AUGCCCAGCCAAAACGGCGCGAUACCCAACAUCUUCGUUGGAGAUGUGGUGCGAACGACAUCCGAGGGCGCAUAUCCACCACCCAAGCAGGUGGCAGAGGAGGAGGGGUACGUGCUCCGAGUAUGGAGCGAGGAAGAGGACCUGCUGCCGGAUGACUUUCAGGGUGGAGAACCUUCUGUAAACCGAAAAUUGGAAAAGGGAGAGAUUGGCAUGGUCAUUUGGCCAAGCCAUGCGCGGAAGAUCGCACCAGCUUCCUCAGUGACUCUCAUCGAUCGGUGAGCGGUUCCCUUCAAAGUUCUUUUAACGUCAACCGCGUGAUAAUGAGCUGAACUUCUGUGCACCUAACCGGUCCAUUGUGUCCUUGAUCAUUGUUCUGCUUGCAGAACCUUUGGCAUCGGUGAUGUCGUGCAAGCCCGUGCUUCCACAUCGCGCGCAGGCGCAGCACCUCGCACAGGAAUGGUGACAGCUACGCGCAAGAAGCUCAGAUUACGCCAUAUCACCACGGGACAAGAAGCUCACGAUGUCCCCGCCGAACAUGUGCGAGGCGUGCUUGGAAUCCUGCCUGGCGAUCACGUGGCAUAUGGAGAUUGGGUGGGGGUUGUGGAAAGCACUUUCGAGGACGCUAUGGUUGCUACGCCUUCUGGACUGCGCAGAAUAUGUGACGUUGGAGGUCUGCUCACAGUCGGAGAAAUGGAAGAGGUGAGUCAUGCACACAAUCAAGGAAUUAUUCGAGAUCGCAGUACUAUGGGUGGACAACGCGAGGUCUAACGCGCGCGAAAUCUUUUGUGAAGCUGCAUGGGCCCAGCGGCGGAUCAGGUCUACCUCCCAUGAUCAGACGAGCGCUUGGAUUCGAGUCGCCUUCGGAAACCGACCACAGCCGCCGACCUGUCAUGAGGCAAGCCAUUGUGAAGGGUCCGCCGAACCGCGAAAGAGUGCACACUGUGCUGAGCGUCAAGCAGCCAAUCAGUGAGGGCCAACGGAGCGAAAGCGAGCACACUCCGUAGCUGACCCUCAUACACGCCUCAGUUGCCGUCGACUGGCUCGCCCUGAAUCAAAAGGUCAGGGCACCUAAUACGUGACACAUCGAGCCCGGUCCAUUGCUCACACUCUCCUCUUCCUUGCAUGCGUGCCCGCCAGAUGAGCCCUGAACAGUCGGCCGCGAGCAAAAGACCCAAACGCUUUUGGUACUCCCGCGAAGAAGACGAGCUGAUUGUGCUCAGUCAGGCAUUCGAACACGACUGUGAGCUCGUCGUCGCUGUAUCCGCGGCUAGCGCUGCUUUUUGGCUGACACCCUUUACCGCAAUCAGACCCUGUCGGCGACAAAGUAGAAUUUGUCAGUCCCACGAUCGCCGCCCAGCAUGACAUGCAGAUGCACCAGAUGCACGGCAUCGACGUGACAGGCUUCCAUGUCCUGAGUCGUUCGACGCAGGUGGACGUGCUUUGGCAGGAUGCAACUACGAGCACCGAGCACUCGACCGCGCUAGAGCCUUAUACCAUCCUCGACGAGCACGAUGUCUGGCCAGGCGAAUUUGCAAGCUACCAGCCAGGCCACGAAGCCAUCGCGCAAGUUGGCGUGGUUCAAAGUGUAGACCCUUUCGAGAGAACGGCGCGGUUACGACUGUACAAGGCACAAGGAGAAGUGCUCUCUGUGCCUUUGUUUGACAUUCGACCUCGAUCAUCAGAGCAAGCGGACCUCCGGCUUGGCGACACAGUGCUCAUCGCUGAUCAUUGCACAGGCACACCACCUCCGAUGGUACCCACGCUGGGCGCGCCGGGCGAUGAUGCCAACAAUGCUCAGCUUCACGAGCAGAUGUCGAUGAUGGGCAUGCAGGUGUGUGCUUCGAGGCGCUGGGAUGCGGACUCUGCAAAGCUCCGACAGCCCAGCGAAUCUGUUGACUGGUAUGGUGUCGUCGACGCCAUUGGUAGCGAUGGAUCCGUAGUCGUCAAACUUCCGGCCGGCAGAAAGGUGGUCGAGCCGUACGAGCAUCUCAGCCUCCUUGAUGAUGGUUUCGAUCAUGGAGGCCCUCACGCGCCAUGGGACAGCGAUCAAGAUGAUGAUGACGAAAUGACAGAUGCUUCUCUCACCUCGGACGAAAUCCCCUGGGUUGGCGAAGAUGGCGAAGAAGUAGACGAAUCUGCAUUUGAUGAUUGGAUGGAUGUCGAAGAAGAAGCCAAGCAGGAUAUCGACGGUGCCACCAGCAGCGGCGCGGUCAGGCGGGCUACAACCGCGUCCUUGACCAACGGAACCGCCGACAAAGUUGACACUCCUCCGACCGGUGGCGCAGUAGGCGGCUCGUCUGGCACCACUCCAAUCGAGCGUUUCGCUAUCUUGGAGUCUGCUCCACAGGAUCAUGCUUUCCUGAAGGAUGAGCCACGAGGGAUGAGCCGAUUCUUUGCAGCCCGCCUGCAAAAGGAAUUCAAAGCUCUGCAGAGCAGUCUGCCGGACUCGAUACUCGUUCGGGGGUACGAGGAUCGACAGGACUUACUCCGUGUCCUCAUCAUCGGAAGCAAAGGAACACCUUUCGAAGACGCGCCGAUUCUGAUCGACUUUUCUCUCAAGGGCGACUACCCGCACUCGCCGCCAGUAGCUCAUUACCACAGCUGGACAGCGGUGAGUGUGACUGCAUGGGCAUCUGACAAGUCGCCAACCGACGCGCAUUGACAGAGUGGUUGCAUCGAUACAGGGCGAUCGGGUUUCACCAAACCUCUACCAUGACGGCAAAGUCUGCCUGAGCGUGAGUCAAAGUGGCUUGGCAGGCACGCUGAUUGCUUGCCACUCACCAGCUCUGACAUGACAAAUUUAGCUGUUGGGCACUUGGGCGGGCCAAGAAAGCAGCGAAAGCUGGACCCCUUCUCGGUCUACUUUGCUCCAGGUGUUCGUAUCUAUACAAGCGCUCGUGUUGGUCAGCAGGCCAUAUUUCACGGAACCAGACUUGGAGCAGACAUCGGGAACGGAGGCUGGAGAAGCGAAUAGUCGGCUCUACAACGAGCGGGUCUACAUCGCGACGUGAGUACGCCCUUUGGCGACUUGACGUAUUCUUCGUCUUGCUGACGCUACUCUGACGCGCCUUUUGCACCUUGCAGAAGAUCUUUUGUGAAGCGCGUAUUGGACAAACCCAUUCUGGGUCUGGAGGACGAGCUGAAAGAGUUAUACCUUGGAAGCGAUGCAAAGCUGCUGCAAAGCAUCAUCAAGCGAGCAGAAGAGCUUUUGGAGGGUCUCGAGAUGCAGGCUGUGCGUCCUGAGCUCGCUGUAGCACCGGUUGAAGAGCCAGUCGUGCAUCGCUUGAGCCGUGGCGGAGCAAUCGUACUCCACAGGGCCGUCGAAGGUCUGAAGCUAGUCUUGCGCUCCAAAGCCUCCGCAGCCGCUUGA